CUGACGCCUCGCGGAGGACUGAAGCAGCAUUGGCCACGAGCCUCUCUGCAGCAGGAGCCGCUACGUCAUCACCGGAUGUUGAUACCAGCUCGGAGUGCGACGAACAGCUGAAAGAGGAAAACAAAAGCCACGACGACAAAAACAAUUUGCGCUGAUAACAAGGUGUAAACAUCGGUGACACCGCCGCUACAUGAACAUAUUUUGUUUGAUGUAAAAGUAUUUUUUUAAAGUUCUGUAUCUCCACUGAUCGGACAAUGGGACGUAUUUUCCUGGACCACAUUGGUGGAACGCGCCUCUUCUCCUGCGCUAACUGUGACACCAUUUUAACUAAUCGCUCAGAGCUCAUCUCCACGCGCUUCACAGGAGCCACAGGCAGAGCUUUCCUCUUCAAUAAGGUGGUGAACCUCCAGUACAGCGAGGUUCAAGACAGAGUGAUGCUCACCGGCAGGCACAUGGUGCGGGAUGUCAGCUGCAAGAACUGCAACAGCAAGCUGGGCUGGAUCUACGAGUUCGCCACCGAGGAUAGUCAGCGAUACAAAGAGGGACGUGUCAUCCUGGAGAGAGCGCUGGUCAGGGAGAGCGAGGGCUUCGAAGAGCACGUCCCCUCAGACAACUCAUGAGUGCUGGGCGUGCGCUCCCAUCCCUCUCCUGUGACCCGUCCGCCUCUGCGCUGUGCAUCACCACCUGCAGACUUAGUGGCCAGUGAAGUUUCCCCUUCAACCCCCCCACACUCCUCCUUCCUGUCGCCAGCAUAUGACCUUAGAUGGGUCUUUAAAAUAAUAAAGUACUGGAUCUAUUCUUGCUGAAUACCCCCCCCCCCCCCCCCAAUAGUCCCUAAUUUAUGCGUCACUGUAGUCCACCCCCAGCACAGCUGGGAGCAUUGUUUGGGAGUCGUACCUUCACUGUCGAAGCACAGUCACACACAAUUUUCACCAAACUUGCACGAGAACACUACACACUUCCAUGGCAAUUCGUCAUGGAUGGUAUCAGGCAGGCCACUCGCAUUUCAAAACACCCCUUUGUUGUUUUAUCUAGAUAAGUAAAAGUGCUACUUUUCAGUAUAAUUUAUGUCCAGACACAACCACGUCAGUGAGUUAAAUGAGCCAAAGGAGACAUCAAUGAUUUUAUUAUUGCUUUGUCAGUGUUUGUGCUCCUGUGUUGUGAAUUUUGUCUCGGUGUUAACAAUGAAUGCAUUUGCGACGCCACGAUAGUUGUUUCUUCCGUAUCGGUUUCCUUCACUUAUAGAGUCAAACGAAUGUAGCACAGUUUCAAAUCUCUGUUCUCAUUCAGAAGACACACUGACCGCACAGAAUGAUGUCACAUUUUAAGUAUUUGCUGUAGUACUUCGUGGUGAUUAGACUCUUUAUCUUGCUCCUGCGUUUAGGCGAUGACGUUCUUGAAAUGUACAGAACGUGGCUUGAUUUUCUCUGUAUAUUUUAUAUUUCACUCCUGUUCAUAGCGUGAUCUCUCAUACCGUGGACCAUCUGUAAGGGAAUGCAUUUUUAACAAUCCACAGCUAUUAGCAUGGACUGCCGUGCCUGUUUGUGUGCCGUGUGAAGAGCUACAUGUCACUUUUCAGAAGCAUCUUUGUUUCAGCGAACAGUCCUAGAGGCUGUGUGUGUCUGAAACAUGAGGGAGACACUCUCUGGUAGUCUGGUAUUGAGGACUGGAUUAUUUAGAAUGGAUCGUAUUUCAAAGUAAGCUUCCAAGAAUUCGCUAAAARCACUACAUGUGAUAUGCAGUAAACUGUGGUCUUCAUUCAAACACAGCUCACUUGUCUCACACUGGUGAAGUACUUGCAUCAUAGCGACCCACCCACUUUAUAUAAUCUACAGCUUGAGGCAUGUUUUGUCAUCAGAUGACUUGUUUCAUAAAACACAAGGCCAGGCAAGCUUUAAUGGGCCGCUUAUCUUCAAAGUCAAGCCCUUGUCCUUAGAAUUAUUCCGAGGCUCUGUUUCACAAAAAAAUAAUAAAAAAGAAAUUUUUUUUAUUACUUUGAGGAGAUUUCAGUACUCAAAUAUUUGUAGUAUGAUGCGCCAUGUCAAAAUGGGAUUGCAUAUAACCUUUGCUAAGUUGUUUUUUUUUUUGUAACAAGUUAUUGGUGUUUGCAAAAGAAAAGUCAAAUACUUGCAAAUAUUGUGUUCCAAAGUCAGCGUAGUAAAAUGUUCUUUUGUUUAUCUUUUUUAGCAUUUUUUUYCCUAGGCUAAAUGUUUUUAUUUGAUUGACAUUAUUAGUGUUGUUUGACACAUUUAUGGUAAAUGUUCAUUUUUCUUGAUUUGGAAAUGUAAACUGAAUUGCUUUCUUCUAUAGUUAUUGGAUUUUUUUUUCUUUGAGGUGAUUUUUAAAUAAAAAAUGUCUUGCUUA